GCUGAUGGGUCGAAGUAUCCGUUCGGUAGGGGGUUUUGUUGAUGUCCGGUUGUUCUUGGAAAGCAUAGAGUGUGGAGAUGUUGCAAAUAACUUUAACCGCAUUGAAGAGUUGCUUGAAGUGAAACCGUUAGAUCUCCAAAAAAAAGGAGUUCCGCCAAAGCAACGAAAGAGAAUCUUGAGGCAUGUUGAGUUUCUCAGGCAUGGUAUCGUUCCGUACGAAUACGCCGUCAAGUAUCAUGAACAACAGAAACAAGAAGAAACAUCAAUAAAACAGGAGUCAUUGUCAUCCUGAGUUUAGCUGAAGAAGACUGUGGGCUUUAAACUAGAAUAUUGAAUCAAGAUGCUGAAUCAGGUGGAACUUUUUUUUCUUUAUUGUUAUUUUCAUAUAUAGACCAGAUAGAAGCAGCAGCGGCAGCAUCUUGUCAUGUACAUCGAUAUCAAAUAAAUAGAUUCAUAAGUGUGGAUAUAACUCGUUAUUUUUUUGCUGUAUGCAUAUAAAAUUGGGUAAACGUCUUACGAACCAUCAUUU